AUGAAAUGUUUUAUACUGUAUAUAUCAGUGCUUACUGAUAAUCUGACAGCCUAACUCAUAUAUUUUAUGUCUAAUGAAACAAACCCACUGGUGCUUUCAGAGAGCCUGGAUCGGGCUGUAUGAUGACAUCGUUGGCUGGCAGUGGUCAACGUCAGAAACCAGUGAGUUCAGAAACUGGUCACCUGGACAACCAGAUAACAAAUGGGUUAUAGAAUACUGCGUAUUUAUGCUUGAUGGACCGUGGUUUUAUGACCCUUGUACGAAUGUGUUCAGAUUCGUCUGCUCUAAUAACACAGGGUCGACUAGGACAUUUGUCUUCAUUGACAUUAUAGCGUCAUGGGCGAACGCCCGGAGCUACUGCAGACUUCAUUACACAGACCUGGCCAGUGUGAGGAACAUGACAGAGAACCAGGAGAUAGAUGACCUGGUACCUCCAGGGAUAAGGGUGUGGAUCGGCCUUUUCACAGAGUCCUGGAAGUGGAUGGAUGGAAGUAACUCCUCAUUUACAUAUUGGCAAACAAAUGAACCCAAUGGACCAGAGCCUUGCGUGGCAGCAAACUUUUUACUAAAUGCAAAAUGGGAGGACUGGGCCUGUGGCUCACAGAAGGAGUUUGUUUGCAAUGUUGCACCUGUUUACAAGGAAGUGGUGAAAGUGAACCUGAUAAACUCCGGUCUGGAUCUGACCCACCCUGAUGUGAUGGAAGCCACGCUGAACCAGAUCCAACAGAAGCUGAAGGAGCAGGGAGUACAGGGAGACGUCAAACUGAGCUGGAGGAAGCAGUCAGAUGGAUCGGUCUUCCACAAGGACGAGGAAACGAAGAAGAAGAGCAUCGUGUGAAAAUAGUUCAAGAAAUGUUGCUUUCGCCUUUGACCUUUCAAGUGCUAUUGUGCCAUAUUAUCAUAUUAUUCUAUGCUUUGUGUGAAUAUCAUCAUCCAAACAAAACAAAAAUCUAAUUAUGAUGUCUUUGCAUAGUUUUACAUAGUUUUAUUCUUACCUGUUAACAUUUAAAACACAAGACGUUUGCUGGGUAUUUGGUGACAGUUCACUGUAAUUUUAAUACAUGCGGUUUUUCGCUGUUGCACUUGUUAGACUAUAAUAUUAUUUUAUGCCAUGUUA